AGAUAAGCCUUCAUGGAAGAAGUGGCAAUUGAACUAGAUCUGAAGGUAAAAUUUCAACAGGUAGAGAGAGGUUGGCAAAUACCCUGAGGCGGGAAAAGGCAGGAUCAGUGGCCAGAAAGGAAUGAAGGAAGAGAUUAAGAAGUCAGUUUAACGGGAAUUUAGAGUGAUAUGGAUAUGAGAACAGAGCCUGACCUCCAGCAGGCGUUUAAUAACUGCUUGUUGAUUGACUGAGGGAAACUUUUCAGUAUUCUAAAUUUGGCGGAAAGGUAGCCGACUCAACACUUUUUUUUUUUUUUUCAGCCGCUUAAGCCUUCUUCAGGCCAUCCCAUCUACGUUUUCUUCGAUUUCUCCGGUCAAUACCACCAGCUCUUCCGAGGAGGAGAUGAGAAACGGAGCAUGGCAUCCUUGACCUCUGAAGAAUAUGGGAAUGCCUCUGGCGACUUCCUCCCUCAGAAUUCUAGUAGUUACAUAUCCUUGGACUUUGAACCCAACAUUGACUACCAGUUUGUGGAACAAUUAGAAGAACGUUAUAAAUGUGCAUCGUGCCAUUCUGUUCUUCACAACCCGCAUCAGACUGGCUGUGGACAUCGAUUCUGUGAGAACUGUAUCCUAUCCUUGAGAGAAUUAAAUACAGUAUCCAUCUGCCCAGUAGAUAAGGAGAUUAUCAAACCCAAGGAGGUGUUUAAAGAUAAUUGCUGCAAACGAGAAGUCCUCAACUUACAAGUUUUUUGCAAAAAUGCUCCCCAUUGUGCUGCCAAGACGAUUCUGGGGAGAUACCAGGAUCAUCUUCUACAGUGCUUAUUUCAAUCUGUGCAAUGUUCUAAUGAGUGUUGUCAGGAAAGAGUCCUUCGAAAAGAUUUGAAAAACCACCUGGAAUUACACUGUCAGUUUCGAGAGGAAAUGUGCCCAUAUUGUAAUAAGAAUGUAGUGAUGAUCAAUUUACAGAAUCACAAGGAACAAUUUUGUCCCAACUACCCUGUAUCUUGUCCCAAUAACUGUUUACAGAUUAUUACAAGAACUAAGGUAAAUGAGCAUAUUACUGUGUGUCCCGAGGUGGAACAAGAAUGUCCUUAUAAACAUUAUGGCUGUCCUGUAAAGGACAAAAGGAGUAAUCUUAAGAAACAUGAGAAUUCUGCCUUGAGAGAACACAUGCUCCUGGUUUUAGAAAGGAAUUCCAGGUUAGAAGAACAAAUUUCUGACUUACACAAGAACUUAGAAUUAAAAGAAAGUAAAAUUCAGCAGUUAAGUGAAACUGUGAAGAAAUUUGAAAAGGAGUUUAGACAGUUUGUACAACUAUUUGGCAAAAAUGGUAACUUGCUGGCAAGUACUCAGGUUCUUGCCAGUCAUAUUGAUAAAUCUGCUUGGUUGGAAACACAAGUAAGAGAGUUAUUAGAGAUGGCUAACCAGCAGGAAAACAAACUUGAUUUAAAACCCUUGAUGAAUACAAUUGAUACUAUAAAGCAGAAGAUCACUUUGCUGGAAACCUAUGACCAGAGAUUGGUCACUUUGGAAGGCCAGACGAACAGACAUGAUGUCCACAUUAAUGUCCAUAAAGCACAGCUGAAUAAAAAUGAAGAACGAUUUAAAAUGCUGGAGGGUACUUGUUAUAAUGGCAAGUUGAUAUGGAAGGUGACAGACUACAAGAUGAAAAAAAAAGAAGCCACAGAAGGACGCACAGUGUCCAUAUUCAGCCAGCCUUUCUACACCAGCCGCUGUGGCUACCGACUCUGUGCAAGAGCCUACUUGAAUGGGGAUGGGUCAGGGAAAGGAACACAUUUAUCCUUGUAUUUUGUGGUGAUGAAAGGAGAAUUCGACUCAUUGUUGCAGUGGCCUUUCAAACAGAGGGUUACCAUGAUGCUUCUGGACCAGAGUGGAAAAAAGAACCACAUUACAGAGAUCUUCAAGGCUGACCCCAAUAGCAGUAGCUUUAAAAGGCCUGAUGGAGAGAUGAACAUUGCAUCUGGCUGCCCUCGCUUUGUGGCACAUUCCACUCUGGAGAAUACCAAAAAUACCUACAUCAAAGAAGAUACACUAUUCAUGAAAGUGGUUGUAGAUUUAACUGACCUAGAAGACCUGUAA